GCCUCACGUCACUCUUUGUUUACUGGUUCAUUGACCGUAUUAUUAUGAGGAUAUUGCUUUUUUAACCCCAGAUUAUUAUUAUAAAAUUAUUAUAAUUAUGUCAAUGACCUGUCCUGCUCAUGACAUCAGUCACAGACCUCUUCAAAAUGCAAUGCGACUCGUAAAAGUGGCUAUUCAGUUGGAUUCUGGUAACAGGCAUAAGGAAGCAUACUGUGAGUACUUGAGGAGUGUCAACUACAUUUCUCAUGCCCUCCUUCAGGAUGCAUCAUGUAAAGCUGUGGGAGAGAUGGAGGAAGUGGAAGUGGAGAAGAUGGUAAAGUUGGCUGAGCAGUGCUUAGAAAGAAUAAAAUCCUUUAUAGGAAAGAGAAAUGAAACCACUGUUCAUAGUUCUUCUCCAACCCCAGUUCAGGCAUCAUCAUGUGCACAGAUCAUCCCUCAAACCAGUACCAAAACAUCAGAGACUUUCAAUAAAGCAGUGAUGGAUUCGAGUAAAUUAUACCUGAUUGAGCAGAACUCUCAACAUCACAGAGUGCUCUCAGAAAGUAAGGGGGAAAACUGUCCUUUCCUGCCUCCUGAACUAUUCCAGAAGCUACAAGUCAUGGAGUCACAAGACAACAAAAAAGAAUUAACACCUAUUGAGGAGGCUUCAUGUCUGAACCAGAAACUAAAGGCUAAUUAUGAGGCACGUCUGGCACGACUUGCCCCCAGUCAGGCCACACAGAAAACAUCACUGACUCUCUCUCUUCAAAGACAAAUGAUGGAGAACCUGAUUAUAGCCAGAGCCAGACAAGAUGCUCUGCAAAGGAAGCUGGAAGAGAGAAGACUCCGACUGCAGGAGCAAGCCAACAGGAAGUUUUCUUCUGUGAUUAUGACCCCUGAGGAGCAGGAGCAGCGGGUUCUGUAUGCAAAUAUAUUAGAAUAUGAACAGGAUCAUGAUUGGCCUAAAGUAUGGAAAGCCAGCCUAAAGAAGAAUCCAAAUGAUGCCACUUUGGUUUCAGGGCUGGUCACCUAUCUUCUUGGCUGCCCAGAACAUCCUGUUGUGAAGCUGUUAAAGAAGCUCCAGUAUCAAGUGUAUAACAGGCUGUACCCCAUAAUAAGCCAAACUGUUCCUCCAAGCCCAAUACCUGGCCACUCUGUCUCUUUAAAGCCUUCACACAGUGCACAGAGCCUGCUGCUCCCUCAGAGUCCACCGAGUCAGCUCAAGCCUGGCCUAAUCCACAGCCUGUCGGAUGCCUCCAUUUCACUCUCGCCACUGCCUGACCUCAAUGCGAAUGACACGGCAUCCAAAAUAGGUUCAGAAGAGCUCCCGACCCCAGUCCCUCCAGACCGGGAGAACUCCUUUGAGGAUCUUGAGCAGUAUAUGACCCAGCUGGACUGGGCUUCAGCUUGUGCAGAUGACACAGUUUCUGAUAUGACCUUUGACAUGAGCCACAGUGACGUGGAAGCUCACAUUCAGGAAGUGGAGGAGCGAGCUUUGAAAGAACACCUGAAAGUCAUAGUCAAAGACAUACACAAUGCCAUUGAUCGUCUGCUGUCUCUGUGUCUGCUUUCUUUUGAAUGUCUUAACACUGCUAGCUCCAAAGACCAGUGUGUAGCAUGCAUAGAGGAAGUCUUCUUCACCCCAAUAUGGAGCCCUCUACUGGCCCUUUUUAGGAAGGUGCAUCGAGAUCGCGAACUGGCUUUUGAGAGCAGUGUUGUCCUGUACCGUAAUGCCUCACCUGGUGAUGUUGGUGUAGCAGUCAAACUGUUCCCCAAAGACCCUGAUGUUCUGCAGGGUUCCUACCCAUAUGAGUCUGCAGUGCAGGAGCUAAAACUCCUGUGUAAAUACUGCUGUCCUCAGAAGAAGCUCGACUGCAUAGUGAGAGCCUUAAGACUUAUUUGUGCCUGUGCUGAGCAUUAUCGUCUCCUUCAAGAGAACGAUCCAUCACCCAAAACGGCAGCUAUUGGAGCAGAUGAUCUGUUGCCCAUUUUGUCAUAUGUGGCCUUGCGUAGUGAGCUGCCCCAACUCGUCUCUGAAUGUGCUGCACUUGAAGAGUUCAUCCAUGAGGGGUAUUUGAUUGGAGAGGAGGGCUACUGCUUAACCUCAAUGCAGAGCGCCCUGACGUAUGUGGAAUCACUGCACUUGGGUGGAGCUUUGCAGCUGGCUGCCAAACCCUCCUGAGUCAGUGGUAAGGAGCUGCAUUUUGUAGACUGCCUGCUUUUCUGCUUCGUCCUUCAGUCCAGGACAGGAAUUUUCUCAUCCAUCCUCCAUCAGGGCUGCAAUAUUAAACCUCCAUCUUCCAUUCAGCACAGAUUGUAGGAGUGGUUACACAAAGUGAGUCUAGAGCUUUCCAGCCUCAAAAGCGUGAGAGCUCUGGAUCCUGUUGUGUUACAGAGUUGCGUCCCAAAUGGUCUCGGGUUAGAGGAAUGGAAUCAGGUUAAUGUUAUGAGGGAGUUGUUUUGGGUGUUUAACUCAUUUAAUGGGAAAAAAAAAUGAAAUCAAAUAGCGUGACUAGUUUUAUUGUCCCUUCAUCCUACUUCUUUUGUUUUUCUCAAACUGUAGUUGUGUUAAGUGCUUUUACUGUGAGUGAAUAGAAAGCUAAAGCACUAUACCAAUUGCUUUUCUCUCUCUCUCUCUCUCUCUCUCUCUCUCUCUCUCUCUCUACCCAGGCUAGAAUAAGAUCUUCUCAAGAAGUAUAAUGGCAUAAUUCAUUUGUUUAAAAUGACUCAUGGAAAGUCAUGAGUGGCAGAGGUUGCUAUGACUGACCUUUUGUUGUUGUUGCAAAUUGUGCCAUUUUGUUUUAUUAUGUAAACCUUGAAGAAAAAAUAUUGACCUGCUAUUUCAAUGAGGGGAAAACGGGAAUCUGUUCACUUCUGGCACAGUAUAGUUAAUAUAUUUGAGCACGUUUCAGACAAAGAUCAUCCAACUAACUUGGCAUAUAUGCUUUGGUGAAUGAUGUUCUGUCAGGUCGUUGCAGGUUGAAUAAUGAAUGGGAUUUCUUGAGCUAUCCUGGUCUUGAAAACAGAAUGGUAUGAGGGAGAUGCCAGAUUUCUUUCUUUAUCUAUCCAUUCAUCUUUUGGUGAACUGGAUCAGCACUGAGAAGCUUGGACUGCAUAUUUAAACAUUUCAUUAAAUAAUCUUUAAGGUUCAUAUAGUACAUUGCACUUUAUAUAGUCCUGUUUUCUGUACUGCUGCUUUAAAAUAUUUUACUGAACUAAAGUUCCUGAUGUGUACUGUUUUACAAGUGUUCUUUCAAAAAAAGAGUUGUAUUGAAAGGAAGAAAAGUUUUGAAAGGGUAACUGGUAGUUUUGCCAACAUCCACUAUGUUUAGAUUUUAUACUUUUUUUUUGUUUUAAUGUGAUGACACUUGGAUGCUUCAGUGUGUAUUUUUCUCUCCAUUUCAAUUACACAAACUGAAUGGUGAGGCAGGAAGAAGGUCUUAAUGUGCAUGAAUAUGAAAUGCUGAAAUUGCUGUGUACCAGCUAUCUAAUAUAAAUGUAUGUAACCACUGUUUAAUAUAAAUGUGUAUGUCAUUUUUUUGUGUCGUAGUGUAUGUGGAUCACUGGCUGCUGUCAUGUUAAUCAGUUGUAUGUUUGCUGUAUUCUUAAUGUGAAUUUGUUCAAAAGAGUACAGGGGGAUUGUGUGGUAUCUUGGAUUUUUCUAAUAAUAAAAAUGUAAGCAAA